AUGUCGACUCCCAUUCCAAGCCCCGCUGGAGUCCCGCUCCUGGGUAAUAUCUUUGACGUCAACCCAAAUGAGACAUGGAACUCUCUAAACAAGCUAGCCAAGCAGUUCGGCCCCAUCUGCAAGAUCAGUGUUCUAGGACACGAACUCGUUUUCAUCGGCAGUGUCGCCCUGCUCGAAGAGAUCUGUGACCAGACCCGCUUCCGCAAGUGUGUCACCGGCCCCGUGGUCGAGAUUCGAUAUGCAGUCCACGACAGUCUGUUCACCGCGUACGAUGACGAGAAGAGCUGGGGCAUCGCCCAUCGCAUUAUGAUGCCUCAUCUCACCCAAUCUGCGACCGACAGCCUCUUCGGAGACAUGGCUGAGGUCAUUCCCGACCUCACAAAGAAGUGGAGCAAAAGCCCCAAGCAGCGUACGCUGAUCACAAAGGACCUCGACCGUCUCCUGCUGGCGUCGUGUAUGCAGAGCUUCUUCAACCAGCGAGUUCACGUUCUCGAGGGCGUCGAGCCCCCAAUGAUCAACGCCAUGGAGGGCGCGACGAUGGAGGCUUUGAAGCGUCCGACGCGCCCCAAGGUGUUGAACUGGCUAUACCAGCGCCGCUUCGAGAAGGAUACCAAGACCAUGCGCGAUUUCUCGGCCAACGUGAUCAAGACGAGGAGGGAAAACCCCGAGACCGCUCGCAACGAUAUUCUGGAUGCCAUGAUCAACGGCGCCGACCCCGAGAGUGGCGAGAAGCUCACCGAAUCUCAGAUUAUCGAUGAGAUCAUCUCGUGCUUCAUUGGUGCCGCCACCGCGCCCAACCUCAUCGCCUAUGCGCUGUACUAUCUGAUGGAGAACCCCAAGGAGAUCGAGAAGGCCCACGAGGAGCUGGACCGGGUCGUCGGCGACGGCAAGAUCGACUUGGAGCACCUCAAGGACCUUCACUAUGUUGAGGCCAUUCUCCGCGAGUCCAUUCGUCUAUCCGCUCCCGCACCGGGCUUCAACAUCGAGCCCAUCCCCUCCAAUGACAAGAGCCCCAUCCUCCUCGGAGGCGGCGAGUACCAGAUCGCCCACAACCAGCCGAUGAUUGCUGUCCUCGGCCAGGUCAACCGGGACCCAGCCGUCUUUGAGGAUCCCGAGGCUUUCAAGCCGGAGCGCGUGCUCGGCGAGAAGUGGGAUCAGCUCCCUGCCGCGGCGAAGAAGGGCUUCGGUAACGGCAAGCGUGAGUGUAUUGGUAAGCUUUGGGCUUGGCGCUGGUCGUUCUUCACCUUGGCCAGCAUUUUGAAGGACACCAGCUUUGAGUUGGCGGAUCCUAAAUACAAGCUAGAGUCCAAUGGUGCGUUCAGUGUAAAGCCACAGGAGUUUUAUGGUCUGGUUGGCCCGCGUAAGUAG